AUGGCGCUACGGGGGGCGUGGCUUCCACCUGCAAAGGUCCACCAAUGGCUGACGGGCUGGAUCCGGAGCGGCACGCAUCUAGGCCAAUUUACCGAGACUUUUCCAAACGAAUCUGACUCGCCCCCCCAGAUCUGGUUGGACUCAGUCAUCUCGCUCUCACUCUCACGAUGGCGAGAGAUAGAGCCUCAGGCACCGGUGGAUGCGAUCCACUACGCAGCCACCGUUCCCUCGACCCCCUCUUCCCUUGGGACGCUGGGACUGGAGUGGGCUCGGAACCAGGAAGUAUACGGAGUGCUCGGUGCAAAAAGAGCCAACAUCCUUCCCUUCACACAUCGUCUCUCCCUCUCUCCCAAGGCCGAAUGA